AAAUCCCAAGCUUCACCAGCCAUGGAUUCUGACCGCUGAUGGCGCCAAAGAAACGGAAGCUGCCUGCUAAGCGUGCAAGGACCCAGCGUGUCGUGGAGCGUGACGUCCUCACCGGCGAGGCUCCGACCUUCGUAAGGUCUUGCAAUGCAGCUGGGGAGAGGAUUUGUGGUGCUUGUUUGCUGCCUCUGGAGCCGGACGACAAGGUGGGAGCCACCGACAAUUGCACGCACAUUUUCCACUACGAGUGUGUCGAGAAAUGGUCGCAGACAGAGAACAGCUGUCCACAAUGCAAAGUGCGUUUCUUCUGGAUGGCUGCCUAUGGCUCGAACCACCAGAGACAGUCCUUGAUGAAAGUGGAGAGUAAAGAUCAGGAAGAGCAGGAAGAGGAGGAGUUUGAAGAAGUCUCCAUUUGUGAAAAAUGCAAAGAGGUGGGAGAUGAAGCGAAGCUUCUUCUUUGCGAUGGAAUGCAUGGCACUUGUAAUGCCACCUUUCACUACACUUGUGUUGGGCUGAGCGGAGUGCCACGUGGCUCUUGGUUUUGUCCCGACUGCAUGGAGCGGGGCUUUGACAUCGACGCACGAGGUCGCCGCGGGUCACGCGUUCCCCGCGCAGCAGCAGCCGGAGUUUCCGCAGUUUCCGCAGCCAGCGCACCAACAGCUCCUGUCGACAACACGGUGGAGGUGCCUGCACCAGUGCCUCAACCGCCCGUUGAAGGGCAAGGGGCCGGAGGCGCGCCCAGCGCGCUUGGUGCUCCCGCGCCCACGGACAGUUCCCACAACGCAAGGAACACAAGGAAUCGCUUGCCAUCGCAACUGCAGCUCAGUUCGUUGGCAUGCCUCACGCCUGCCGUGGAGGUGCCAACUUUUCAAGCUGGUAGACCUGGUGGUGGACAAGCUCCUGCAGCCGGCCUCUUCGCCACCUUCGCUGCACGGCGGUGCGCCAAAGCGGCCGGCGGUGAGGAGAAGGGGAGUUUCAUCUCGUUGAACCCCACCUACGAGGAGGACUUCAUGGCCAACCAAAAAGCGGGCGGCUGAGGCGCUGUGAGCUCAGUGUUUCACCGCGCAGUGGCCCUGAUCCGUGCAGAAAA